AUGUGGAAAGUUAUCCGCUACUUGCACCGAGGGGCGGACCAUGCCAUCACGACAUCUCAUGAGCUGGCAAAGGAGCUUAAAGAGCACAACGCCACAGCAGGUACGCGUUGCUGCCUCUGUCUAGGCCUUGGUGGCAGCAGGCAGAUGGGCGUGUGGCCCAAGGCAGUGGAUUCCCACAAGUUCAACCCGCGGUUUCGAGACCAGGAGACACGGAAGAUGCUCAGCGGGGGGGAGGUGGACAAGCCACUUAUUGUGCACGUGGGGCGGCUGGGUGCUGAGAAGAACCUUCAUCUGCUCAAACCCAUGCUGGACAAGCUUCCAGGGGCACGCCUUGCUUUCAUCGGGGAUGGCCCACACAGAGGCGAGUUGGAGAGACUGUUUGCGGGCACACCCACAGUCUUUGCCGGCAUGAAGCAAGGAGCUGACCUCUCCCGUGCAUUCGCAUCAGGAGACAUUUUCAUCACCCCUUCGGAAACAGAAACGCUGGGAAACGUGGUUCUAGAAGCUAUGGCAUCAGGCGUGCCUGUUGUCGCCGCCCGGGCAGGUGGAAUCCCAGAUAUUGUGAACAGAGAGGGGCAGAACGGGUUCCUGUUCACUCCGGGCGACGUGGACGACGCGGUCGGCAAGCUUCGGCAGCUAGUGACAUCCAAGAAAAUGCGAGAGGCGAUAGUUGAGGCAGGGUUGCAGGACGCGGAGGCGUGUGAUUGGAGGGCCAGCACGAGGACAGUGAGGAACGAGCACUACGGGAGGGCGGUUUACUCGUUCAUUCGCAAGGGGCAGGUGAAUCUGAGGAGCAGGAAGCCUCUGGCUGUGGCUGCUCCGGCCACAGUCUUCCCUCCCGGGCCGCGUGACCUGCAGUGA